AUGACCACCGCUCCAGUCAAGAAGGCUUGCGACGCCUGCCAUCGGCGCAAGGUCAGAUGUUCGGGCAGCUUACCAUGCAAUAAUUGUGGCCAGUCCGGCCUGCAAUGUACCUAUUUAUCCAUCCCACAGAAGAAGGGUCCAAAGGGCUCGAGAGCCAAAGUCAUUUCUGAAAUUCGAGACACCCAGCAGCAAUCAACACCUCCCGAGCCAAGGCCAGCACACUCGAACGAACCAGGCUCUUUUGAUUUCAGUAGUCCGCCAGUAUCGCCAUCCUAUUCGUACACCCGCAAUACAGCACUUCUUUCCCAGCAGACCAUCGAAAACUGCCUGGACUUCUACUUUACCAACAUGUCCACUACUGCUUGGAUACUGAACCAACAGCGCCUGAGAGACUUGAUCAAAUCCCAGCUGGCAUCAGACGUUGAAGUCUACUGUCUCACGGCCUCUCUCUGCGCAUUUGUCAUGGUCCAGCCAGGAAUGAAUUUGGCUGUGGCGCCUGGGAGCCACUACGAAGGUGAUCCUCCGCAGAAUAGAUAUGGCUACGCCAAUAUGCUUUUGGAUGAUACCCUCCGUGUUAGAAAGUGUAUCAACUAUGUCGAGGCUCCAACUCUCAGCUCGGUGCAGGUCUCCUUUUUCCUCUUUAGCUGUUAUUUCACCCUAGAAAAACAAAAUAUAUGUUGGUUCCAUCUCCGAGAGGCCGCAACAUUAGCUCAACUUCUCUCGUUGCAUGAAGAGUCUUCCUAUCUGGUCGGAGACACUCUUGACAACACGUACAAGAGACGCAUUUACUGGUUGCUCCUUGUAACUGAAAGGGCUUAUGCUAUGGAACGCCAUCGACCCCUAAGCCUCCAUCCCUCAAUCGAGUUACCUGCCCCAACGGGUCCCGAGGAGGAAGAUGUCAUCACAGGAACGAUCUACCUGAUCAGUCUGUUUCGAUGCAUUGACGAUGAAUUUAUGGCGCUCUGGAACAAGGUUAAGACUGAGUGUUCGACUACUUGGCUGUCUCAGCUUCAGCAACAGCUGACCGAUGCAUUGCCGCCAGUACUGGCAACGACUGAAAGCCAGAUCGCUGAUGUUCGAAUCACGUUGCAUUGGCUUAGAAUCAUGGUAUGGCAGCUUUCCAUCACGAAUGGUUGCCUGUCCUCGAGCUCGAGUAACACUUCGAUGACCUUUAAGUAUCCGAUAGAGGUCGCGAGAGAUCUGUUGCAAGACAUUACCGGCCUUUCACUCCAUGCGAUGGAGGUCCACGGCGUGGGCUUAAUCGAGAAGCUUUUUGAUGUGGCGUGCACACUCACGGAUGUCAUCGCCUGCGUCCCUUUGGAAUCCGCCAGCGCGCCGAACUACCAGACGCCAACAGACUAUCUAAAUCAGUUCUUGACUCUGAUUUCUCAACUGAGGGGAGGAGCGUCGCGGUACCUGCCACUUCUUUUGGCCAAAGUCUCCGAACAUCUUCCAAGUAUGGCUCCUCCACUAAAUCCAAUCCCGAUCACGAUCAAGCAAGGCUACGCAGGAGCAAGUGACAAUAUUCCCACCCCGACGCCACCGGAAGGCACACAAAUCCACUUUUUUGAGGGCAAGGCUUCCCGUGGAACGAACUUGAGUGGACCCUGUACAGAAUGGCAGGCACAGGUAGGCCAACCUCGACAGCCCGGCCUGAGCGAGAGGGGAUUGAUGUUUAGCGACUAUAGUCCAAGUGUCCAAGACAGUGACGUCGCUAUGACCCCUUCAUCUCUGGGGACACCGCCGGCCUCGUUCCUCGUAAAACACGCCGCACAACCCAUCUUGGCACCUGUUCCAAGAAGUAUACCGACCGGAGGAGGUGCGCUCAAGUUCGAGGGCUAUUCGGCUUGA